GAAACAAAAGGUCAGUUUCUCAUAGAUCACAUCUGCAACUAUUACAGCUUGCUGGAAAAAGACUAUUUUGGCAUUCGAUAUGUCGACCCUGAGAAGCAAAGGCACUGGCUUGAGCCCAACAAGUCCAUCUUCAAGCAAAUGAAAUCUCAUCCACCGUAUACCAUGUGCUUUAGAGUGAAAUUCUACCCACAUGAACCCUUGAAGAUUAAAGAAGAGCUCACCAGAUACCUCUUAUAUCUACAAAUAAAAAGGGACAUUUUCCAUGGCCGUCUGCUGUGUUCUUUUUCGGAUGCUGCGUACCUGGGUGCCUGCAUUGUUCAAGCUGAACUUGGGGAUUAUGAUCCUGAUGAACACCCAGAAAAUUACAUCAGCGACUUUAAGAUUUUUCCCAAGCAGUCACAAAAACUCGAGAAGAAAAUAGCAGAAAUACAUAAAAAUGAAUUCAGAGGUCAGAGCCCAGCUAUUGCUGAAUUUAACUUGCUCCUGAAAGCACAUUCUUUGGAAACUUACGGUGUUGAUCCUCAUCCUUGCAAGGACUCAGCGGGGAUGACCACAUUUUUAGGAUUCACAGCUGCAGGAUUUGUAGUUUUCCAGGGAAAUAAAAGAACUCAUUUGUUAAAAUGGUGUGAUGUCUAUAAAUUGAAAUUUGAAGGGAAGACUUUUUAUGUGUUCGGAGCUCAGAAAGAGAAAAAGACUGUGCUGUCUUUCCAUACCUCUACACCAGCAGCUUGCAAACAUCUUUGGAAAUGUGGGGUGGAGAACCAGGCUUUCUAUAAGUAUGCAAAAUCCAGUCAGAUCAAAACCAUGUCCAGCAGCAAAAUAUUUUUCAAGGGAAGUAGAUUUCGAUACAGUGGAAAAGUAGCCAAAGAGGUUGUGGAGGCAAGCUCUAAGAUCCAGAGGGAACCUCCUGAAGUUCACAGAACCAGCAUUACCCAGAGUCGCAGCUCUCCCUCCUUGAACAAGCAGCUCAUAAUUAACAUGGAACCUCUGCAGCCCCUCCUUCCUUCCCCAUGCGAGGGGGAAGAGAUGCCUUUAGGUGAAGGUGUCCAGUUGCCAAAGGAGGACGAGAUCUCGGUCCCUGUGAUUUCUAGCUCCCCAGCUAGGGAAACUGGGCAGAAUGAUGAUCUCACCAGUGAACAUGAAGAGAAGAUGAAAGAGGAACCUUUAACCAUCUCAGAACUGGUGUACAAUCCAAGUGCCAGCCUGCUGCCCACCCCAGUUGAUGAUGAGAUUGACAUGCUCUUCGAUACCUCUCCAAGAGCAGAGAAUGAGAAAGAUGAUACAGAUUCGUUUGAGGAAUUGGAAGCAGAUGAAAAUGCCUUUUUGAUCGCAGAGGAGGAAGAACUGAAAGAAGCUCGGAGAGCACUUAGGUGGAGUUAUGAAUUUCUACUGGGCAACAUUGAGGUGAAUGCUUUUGUGAAGAGUUUCUCCAGACUUCUUCUUGUUGGCCUUGGACUGUUGUUGUUUGUGUUUCCUCUUCUUCUUGUCCUCUUAGAGUCGGACCUUGAAAUCUCAUUUCUCCAUGAAAUCCGUCAGACACCAGAGUUCCAGCAGUUUCAUAUUGAAUAUUACUGCCCACUUAGGCAGUGGGUGGCUUGCAAAAUAAGCUUCAUUCGUGAGAUGCUGGGGAGCUUCUAAAUUUUUUAAAAAUGCAUAACUAAGGGCUAUAUUCAAAACUUCAGUUAGUGCCAGCUUUUCGUAAUACCUUUGAGGUCACCAAUAAGUAGCUAUCUUCAUAUUCAAUUUGUUGUAGACAUUCUUAAGUUUCCUUAACAUAUUUAAAGAGCUGCUUUAGUUAUAGGUGUAUACAGGCACCUUCAGUAACCAAAAAGGAACUUCUAUUUUCAUUACAUUUCAGACUUCUUGCUCAUCUAUUACAUCAUACAAAAGGGGAUAACGUUAUUCAUAUUCAUUAUUCAUAACUUAUAAUCCAUGACGCUAAAUCUAAUAAAACUGAAAGAAAAAUAUUUUUGAAUAUACUCCUUAGUGCAGCAGUCUCUUCUAACCAAUGCCUAUACAAGCAAUGUUUAUGCCGUUUUCUGUUCUUUCGUUUGUUCUUUCUUUGGAUUUUUACAGUUUUAUGUGUUUAAAAAAAUUUGGUAAAUUUUUAGCAAAACACAACUUCUGAUGUUAUUUAAAUGUACAGAUUGGUAAGAAUUGCACAAGGGCAUGUAGGGUAUUUUUAUUGUUUCGGUAGUGAUUUGUUCUUACGCUGCUUCUGGCUAGAGAGUGAAUGGUUUAAUAUAGCUCUACACAGAGGGGCUGUGGUUUGUGUAUAGAAGGUUCACUCAAGUUCAGUGUGGGCUGCCUAGGGGAGUUGAAAUGACACCAAGUAAUCAAAAGAUUUCCUGAAUAAUACAGUUGUAAAGCUAGGGGAACGGAACAGAACUGAAAAGUAAUGAUCUGCCCUCUUCUGUGUGAGUUUGUCAUAUACCUUAUUCAGUGCCGUAGAAAGUCUCUACAAGACAGUCCAGGUAUGUUUUGGAAGUGAGUUAAGUCUUUGGUCUAAAUGUAGAUUACUGUACAUAAUAUGCAAAAAGAUAAUAGCAAGUAG